GGCAUGGACUUAGAUUUGGAAGGUCUAUAUGAAGAUGAUGGAGAAGAAUAUGAUACCAUUCCAUGCCAACUCACCUCAUCAGUUAGUUCAGAUCAACAUCAUCACAGUGCCCCUUCGCUUCAAAAGCUUCCACCCCAGGACAGAUACCGAAUCCAUAAUGUAAACAGCACACCAAACCUUGAAAAUGAUGUCAACCUAGGCAAUACAGAUUUAGACCCUAGAAGACCUUUUCAGAAUGGCUCUGAAACGCUUGAUGGUACCAGGGUAACAUUUGCUCAAAACUUUGGAGAAGAAAUUUACAUGAAUACAUCCUUACAUGCAGAACAAAAAUUCACAACCCCACAUUAUCCGGUUAAAUAUGUUUCUGAAAGACAGGCCAUCAAUCGCCCAUUAUCUGUCACUUUCAAAGAUGACGAAACAAAUAGACCCUCACCUGAAGAAUACUACAUGGUGCCCCCAACUGUGAGUGGUGAUGCAAAUUCUAAUGAUCACUCAACAAAAAUUAUUGCACCAGACCAACUCUCUCAUGGGACUGAGGAGUACUCCCCAGGAUUGUAUGAUGCACCAACACCCUUAGACAUCAACCAUGCAACUCUCCCCCCAUUACCACCUUCUGCCAAUGAUCCUCUAAUCUUUUAUCAUCAGAAUUCUGUUAUCAACGGUAUUGCCCACAGUGAGGCUGCUAUUGCUCACAGUGAGACUCAGGAAUGUUUCUAUGAAGGAAUAAAUGAUGUUGAUACUGAUUGUCUCUAUGAAGGCAUUCCCCAUGACGAGGAUGAGGAGAACUUUUAUGAGGGUGUUGGAUCUCCAAUGAAUGAUUUUUAUGAAGGUAUAGGAGAUAAUGAUGAAAAUGAUUUUUAUGAGGGUAUAGGAGAUGAUGAUGAUGAUGAUGACAAUGAUAUUUAUGAGGGUAUCCCGGAUAAUAAUGAUGUCUUCUAUGAAGGAUUGGGGUCGCCUCAGGAAUUUAAUGACAUUAAAGAGGACGACUCCUUAUUGAAUCUCAUUCAAUCUCUUACCAAGUCAGAUACACCGUAUGUUCCACCAAAACCACCACCUGUCCCCAUGAGAAACCCCUCCAAAACAUUUACACCUCUACCUGAUAUACCACAGAAUAAAGAACUUGGUUCUUCAUCUUUUGUUUUUGCCAAAAAGAAGAAUAAGGGAACGGUAAAAAAAUCACCAUCUUUACAUGGGCUGACCUUCAAUUAUUCUCCUGUGCCUCAAGAGUCCAUCAUAUCUAAAUCAAAGUCACUGGCUGACAUGACCAGUUCCUACAGAUCUUCUACAAGUCCCAAGUUUGCGUCAGUAACAAGUUUGUCCAGUGAUGGUUUGUAUGAUGGUAUUGAAAUGCUUUCUGAAGAUGAUGAGGAACUUGCUAAAGAUCAUGAUCCGGAGCAGGAGUCUCCUGAGAGUGAAUAUAGCGGGCGGCGGUCAUAUUCUGUUGCUGUUAAGAAAUCUGUGAAGAAAACAAAGAUAAAGACUGCGCAGCAAUUCGAACAUUUGAAGGAGACUUUCACACUUUCUAUUAAAGAACGAAAAUCUAAGUGGAAGGAAAGCAAAGCCAGGCUUGAUUUGAAAGUUGCUCUGAAAGGAACAAAAACGAAAGCAAGUGAACUAGCUGUAAACACAGAGUCCAUCUACAAUUCCGGUAUUGCUGCAAUACAAAGACGAACCAGCAGCAAGUCUGGUAAAGGUAGACAGAGGAGUAAGACCCUGCCUCCCGCUGACACCGAGCGUAACAAGAUGUCAGACGGGAGUAUAGAACUAGAGGAGACAUUCCACAGUCCUGAUGACUUCAAGAGUAUUCAACCUGCUGCUGGUGCUGCUGGUGGUAAACCCGCGGUUGCAGGCAGUGUGAGAUCCAGUAAGUAUUACGACCCUGAAACGUCUGGUGGCAGCGCCAGCGACCACAGAUCCUCCAUGACGUCUGAAUCCCGGGGACGUGUUCAGAGCAUGCACUCUGGGAUAUCUAGUAAUUACCAUGGUGAUACCUCUGCAUCUGCUAUAUCCAGUGGUGAACACUCUGAUAGUGGCGGCAGGGUUGAGAUGCCUCUAGAGCACUCGUUAGAAGAGGAAGGAUACGCAAAGAUGGAGUUGCACAUAACUGCUGGAGCAGCAGCAGUUGCUUCAGGCGGACUACCACAGUAUAACGACCAAUUUAACGAACCCUUACCCAAUAACCAACAGGAACCCCGCGCAAUGACAGUGGGCAGUAUAAACUCAGCCCCCUACACAGUGUCUGACAGACACAGGGUGUUACAACAGAUUCUGGAUCAUGAGUACCGGUACAUCAUGUCCCUCAAAGAUAUCAAAAAGGUGUACGCUACGCCGCUACAGCACACACAAGCACACAAGUCACUGCUGGACCCUGUAAAAGCGCAGGAGAUAUUCUUCAGAAUUCCCGAAAUAACUGUGCACCACGAGUUUUUCUACGAGCAGCUGAGAAGGAGAAGUAUGACCUGGUCACGACAUCAGCUCCUUGGAGAUAUCCUCCUGCAAUUGUUCCACAAGCCAGGCUUGUUCAGCGCAUAUGCCUCCUAUAUAGACAACUUUAACCACACCCUGGAGAUCGUACGUGACACACGAACUACUAGACCUGCCUUCUCUAAACUUCUGGAUAAGCUCCGCAGCAAGAGUAACCAAAUGUCCCUGGAGGACCUUCUCUUCUUACCUGUCGACCACAUCCCAGUGUAUCUGGAGCUGCUGAAAGAGUUGAUAAAACAGACGACACAGGAUGACCCUGAUUACACUUAUCUGUAUCUUGCUAAGGAUGAGAUUGAGAAACUGAUAGAAAAGUUAACAGAAAGGAAAAGACAAGCAGACAAGUCCUUCUCGGUAAAGCUGCUGGAGAAGAAGAUAACAGGACUGCCUACUAGUCUCAUAGCACCACAACGUUACAUUGUCAGCACUGAGAGGAUCAGAGAACUGGACAUCAUGACGGACAGGUCCGAUGAGAGAGUAAUGGUAGUGAUGUCGGACGUGCUGUUAUGCCUGAAACCACUCUCUCGCAACUCCAAUAAUGUCAUAUCAACCGGCAGUACAGCAGAAUACCAAUAUCUGUGGGACUGUCUUAUCACUGACGUAGAAAUUAGCAAAGAAAGCAACGAAUCUAAGAGUUCCUUACCGGAAGAAACACAAGAGGAGUCAGAGGGUUCCCAAGCCCUGAAAGAUGACCUGUACUUAUUAGAGCAGAUUGAUGGCCUCCGCAUGCAACUCAAAGGAAGCUACACGAACAUAAGGUUUGACAAGUUGGCAGAAGUCCAAGACAAGUUAAAGCGAGAGAUCGCAGAGAGGCAAUCCAGCGAGGAGAGCCGACGAGGCAAGACACUGGACGUUACACGACCUAUCAAUUCGCCGUGCACGUCAACACAGUUCCACCGCUUCCUGUUUAGCUCGGUAGCUAAGCGGUCCACCUGGAGUGAGGACUUUACUAAACGCCAGGCCAUGAUGCGUAAGUUCAUAGAACACACUAAAGACCUGGACUGGUGUCAGAUUGGGGAGAAAGAGGUUGUGCCUCAUGAGCGGCUCUCUGUUCUCUUACCUGUUAUCAAGCACAUGACUCCUAUUGGACUCACCACUCCCAGCCAGUUUUCGGUGGAAUGUGCAGCAGUAAACGCAGACUUCACAUGUCCUGUUACACAGGACAUAUUGUACAGAAUAAUGAGCUGCGGAGAUAAGUACGAGUCGUACGCUAACGUGAAGGAGGCGGACGAGAUUCCGAUACUUCCUCCUGGUGCGGCUCCAGUGCAAGACACCCCAGUUUACGACGAGAACCUCACCCCCACACUCCCCCCACAGUCACAACCUCCAACCUCACAACCUCAACCCUCACAACCUCAACCUUCCAGCCUAGAACCACCUCCACUGAGACAGGUCCCUGCUGUUCCUUCCAUCAUGGCUCCUCAAUCCAGAUCACCGUUUGCUAUUAAUGGCACCAGCUCAACCCUACCCUCUUCAAUACCUCCCUCCCUGCGCACACCACCAUCCCCCGCCGCGCGCUCCCAGUCCUACGACAGCGCUGUGGUGAUGCUGCGCGCACAGGAGCAGAAUAAUGGGCAGGUUGAUGAGAACGGAGCUGCUCCUCCUCUUCCUGGUAACCAUCCUCUACGGCAGAAUAACCUGGCUGUACAACGGAAAAACGAGCGACAAUCUAUCAUAGAAAUGAUAGAAAGUGUACCGAAAGAGUUCAACAUGGACGAUAGAGAGACUACAGAGGAUCUAUACGAAACACCAUACGAGAUAAGCAUGCUCAGGGAAGAGAAGAGAAAGCUAAUGCGUAGUAUGAGUGUAGAUGAGAACCUGCUAAGCAGUUCAAGUGAAAUAUUACAGACUAACGAAGAAAGUGAACCAUCUCUCGAACACAGCUCAACAACCCAGGACUCAGACUUCGACCUAGAAUCCUCAACAGAACCCUUCGCGCUGGGAAUACCAGAGAACAUCCCAGAAGAUCUCAAGGACCUUCCAGCAGGAGCUAUUGUAUCUCCUUUAUCCCGAUUUGAACACCUCAACUUGGCCGAGUUUCCCGAUGAAAGUUUUAACCUGGAGUUGACGGACAGCCGGGAAAUUUCUAGUUUUAUUGCGCCGGGCAGAGAAAGUCUCCCCAGAGCAGCCGAAUCAACCCAAGGAGGUCCUUUACUGGUUGACAAAUACGGACAAAUCUAUACUGAUACAAUAACUAGUCUAAUAACAGGGCCUGUAACAAUGGAACCACCGGUUGGGAACCCAGUUGUUGACGCUGUGUUACCAGACUUUGUUGAUGAGUCCUUGUUGGAGCUGGACAGUGAGGAUGAGGAUGAUACCCCUAACAUAUAUGAUAGUCAGCUAAACCUGGUUUCCUUAAAACCGUCCGGUCCGGACAGUUUCACAUCUUCCUACUCGGGAGGGACACCUUCAAAUACCUCACUUGAUGGAACGCCUGUGGCACUACCACAAAUACAGGUAUCAACAUCAGAGAUAGUUUCUGAACAGAAUCAUACAGUUACCGACAGUCUUUACGAGAACUUUGAAUGUGCCACACAAAAACUCAGAACUAAAGUGAUCAGAAGAGAGUCAAGCAAAAGGUCCAUAAACCGGGGACCAAAAGUGUCACAAUCCCAAAUUUCACUGGCUUCCGAUGACUGGCUUGAACAAGACACUUACGAGAAUAUCAAUGAAGAGGGAGCAGAGUUUGAGUUGAAAUCAACUGAUGUGUUCCUCUGUGGACACGGACAGAACGGUAACGGCGAGAUAGUGGUGUUACGACUUGCUGAACCAACCCCACACAUUGCGCUGGAUAUACCCCUAAAAGGUAGUCAAGUACUGUGCUGUCACAUGGUGCCGGGAAGAGAAAACACCCUUUGGGUCGGGACUCAGGACGCCAGGUUGCUGGUGUACAUGAUGUCGGAUCCUAGCUCAACUCUUCUAGAACUUGAAUUGGAUGGAGGUCCGGUAAUCUGUAUAUCUCACAUUGAUGAUUCGGUGUUUGUCGGAACUUCUGAGGGUUACAUUCACGUCUUCACUAGAGACGAACCAAAUAUUGGAACCGGUAAUAUGUCUGUAAACGAGUGGUGUGAUAAUGACCCGUUAACCAAGAAGUUAGGAAACAACUCAAUCUGUGUAAUGCUUCCUAUUGGGGGACAAAUGUGGUGCAGUUGCGGAUGUCAAAUCUUCGUUAUAUCACCUGAAAACGUCACCGUAGAGCACCUGUUCUCGACACACAACAACACAUCAGCUCAAGUCUACAAGAUGGUUAAUAGUGGGAGUGGGGUAUGGCUAGCUAUUCGGAACAGUCCGGUAAUCAGACUGUUCCACGCUAAAACUGGGGAGCAUUUGGAGGAUUAUGAUAUCAGCACUGUUGUUCAUCAUCUCUUUACUGGUUCGCAUAACUCGUCCAGAAGGCGGAGAGCGGAGAAUGUGAGAGUAACAGCACUCCUAGCUUCCUCCUCUACCGGUGCUCUCUGGAUAGGUACCUCCUCUGGAGUAGUGGUUGUUGUUCCUAUCGCUAAACCCCCCGUAGCCCCCAAGAUAUGCGGUCCCCCCUUCCUCAGCUACAUGGGCCACUACGACGGUGUCAGGUUCCUAAUGCAAGCCCAAUCCAGAAUCAGGAAACUAAUCGCUUCUGAGUCUACAGAUCAGGAGAAUGUUUACGAGGAGAUAACGUCGCAAGUAAUAAUCUCCUGCGGUAAAGGUAUGGAAGACUUUCGAGAUCAUUCUACUGGAGCAGCGAACCAAAGCGAACACAUACAGAACAGCUCGUAUCUUAUCGUGUGGCAUUAUCCCGCAUCUGAUGAGAACUCAUAGUAACGGAGCGCGCUUCCUUGACGGAUAUGUAGCUUUUAAAGUGGAUGUUUUGUUAAGUAUGUUUCAUUUUUCAGAUUGUGACCAGUCAGCGGUUCAAAUGUUCAUGCUCUUUGGUAAUGAAAAAUGGACUGAAGUGUAAAUUUAUGAUUUUUAUACAAUAUUGGCAGAAAUUUUCAAA